UGUUGACAUGGAUCUUAAAUCAUUGUUGUAUAAUUAUUUCAUUAUUUAAUAGUAGAUUAGUAGAUAUAAUUUGAACGUUUUGUUUGCUCAUAUUAAGCACUGUACCAGAUUAUAAUAUUCAAACUGGUAACUUCUAGUAACAGGUCAACUAAGAUAACAGUGAACUUGUGUAUGUAAAAAAAGACAAUACAUGUAGAGCGUCAGAAUAUAUUCAUACAGUUAUAUAUCGAAGAUCUAGUCUAUAGAACUAUGCUGUCCAAACAUAUAAGGAUGUUGGUGACAAGAUCAUCUGUGAGUGCUGUUUACAAAAGAACAAUAUGCUGUUCCAAUAUUCUUUACAAAAAAAAGAGAAUAAAUCCAAUACUGAGGACGUGGAAUGUGCUCAAAGGAGAUUUUCAAAAUAUGGCCCCUAAUUUUCAAGAUAAUGAGUUGAGAGUUCUGAAUUCUUUUCCAUCUCACACUGAUAUUUUGGUAAUCGGUGGUGGCAUAAUGGGAACGUCUGUUGCUUAUUGGUUAAGGGAAAAAUCUGGUGUGAGAGGGGUUAAUGUUACAGUUGUCGAAAAGGAUCCCACAUUUUCUAAAAGUUCAACAGUUCUAUCAGUUGGGGGCUUAAGACAGCAGUUUUCAUUACCUGAGAAUAUACAAAUGUCAUUAUAUGGUGCUGAAUUUUUGAGAACUAUCAAAGAACGAUUUGGCCCAGAUGCUGAUGUAUGUUUCACCCCUAAUGGUUACUUGACGUUAGCUGGCGAAGAUGGAGCACAUCAGUUAUUAGAUAAUCACAAGUUGCAGAAAUCUUUAGGUGCAAACAAUAUAAUUUUGAAUAAGGUACAAUUGAAAGAAAAGUUCCCUUGGAUGAAUGUUGAUGGAAUUGAACUAGGUUGUUUGGGAAUUGAAAAAGAAGGAUGGUUUGAUCCUUGGUCCCUGUUGAAUCUAAUGAAAAAAGGUGCUACUGAAUUGGGAACCCGAUUCAUUCAUGGUGAAGUAACUGAAUUUCUUUUUGCUGAAAGCAAUAUUUUAGUCUCGGGUGAUGAAGAGGGUGCGAGAUAUGUGGGAUCGAAUGAAGUUGUUAUAAAGUUGCCCAGUGGUGAAGAGAAAACAAUAACAUUUUCUGUAUGUGUAAUAGCUACAGGUAGUGAAACAAACGAGAUAGCGAAGCUAGCUGGGAUAGGAACAGGUAAAGGUAUUUUAUCAGUGCCAGUACCAGUAGAAAAAAGGAAGCGAUAUGUAUAUAAGUUUGCUUGUCGAGAUGAUCCACCAGGCAUAAAUACACCAAUGACGAUUGACAAAACUGGUACAUAUUUUCGGAGAGAAUGUAUAGGGGGGACAUUCAUCUGUGGCCUAAGCCCUUCACCUGAAGAUGAACCCCAAACUGAUAACCUAGAUGUGGAUUACGAUUUUUUUGAUAAAUCCAUCUGGCCUAUUCUUGCAGAAAGAGUUCCUGCGUUUAAUUGCCUGAAGGUAAUAGUUUCUUUUCAAGCAAUAAAAAAAACUAAUUACCUGCAUUUCCAGCGCCAAAGUGGUUGGAGCGGUUAUUACGAUUACAAUUAUUACGAUCAAAAUGGAAUAAUAGGCAUUCAUCCAUAUUACCACAAUUUCCUUUUAGCUACAGGAUUCAGUGGUCAUGGGAUCCAACAAGCACCAGCAGUAGGCCGUGCAAUUGCUGAAUUAAUUUUAGAUGGAAAGUUUCAAACUAUAGAUUUAACACGUUUAGGUUUUGACAGAUUAAUUGUAAAUAAGCCAAUGUAUGAAGUUGCUAUUUUUUAAUAAUGUAAAUUGUAUACAUAAUUGAUUCCUAGUUGGA